AUGGUCGAAAUCACCCCGUCCGCUUGUACCCCACAGGUGAUAGGACAACGAGAAUAUGCUGUCAGACCAACACGGCGGCCGUCUGAAGAGUUACAGACUGGGCAGCCUUUAGAUAUAGUUAUACAACAGUUCGACGAAUUCGUCAGGUCACUCCAAGUUGACCCCUACUCACCUCUCUUCAGGCUCGUGACAGAUGGACAGCCGCCCCUAAGACAAUGCCUCCACCCAGAAGCGUGCAGCAAGGAUAUCAACCUGCCUACAUACUACGCCCGCUUUCACGACCUGCGCAAAGAGUAUGUGAGGGCAUACACGCUGAGGGCGGUGGCGUCUCCACGAGCGCAGGCACCUCCACCUCCUCCACCAGAUCACCCCACCUCGCUUCUUGAUAUGCUCAACUAUCUAGGAAUAGCCCCGUACAGCGGAGAAAAUUUUUACGCUGCCGAAGUCCAAGACAUGGCCAGCAUAAUACAGAGGAUAAUCUCGGACGGUUUCCGGUUGGAAUUGCCUGAAACUAUCGACCUAGUUUUAGAGACUGGAAUUUGCUCAAAAGACGAUGAGAUAGACGGUAACUGCAUUGUCAGAGCCCGUGGAUUACCUUGGCAGUCGUCGGACCAGGAUAUCGCAAAGUUCUUUAGAGGCCUAAAUGUCGCCAAAGGCGGCGUAGCGCUGUGCCUGUCGCCGCAGGGGAGACGCAACGGUGAAGCGCUGGUGCGUUUCGUGUCGCAGGAACACAGGGAUAUGGCGCUCAAACGCCACAAGCACCACAUCGGCCCGCGGUACAUUGAGGUAUACCGGGCGAGUGGUGAAGACUUUCUUUCGGUCGCGGGAGGUGCGACUUGCGAAGCGGCCGCGUUCCUGUCGCGAGGUGCGCACGUCAUAGUGCGUAUGCGGGGGCUGCCGUACGAUGCAACCCCACAGCAAGUUUUGGACUUCUUCUCGACCGGUGACGAUCCCGUACAAGUGUUGGAUGGAUUAGAAGGAGUUCUAUUUGUACGGAGGGCCGACGGCAGAGCUACGGGUGAUGCGUUUGUCCUCUUCUCAAAAGAGGAGGACGCCCCAAAGGCUCUCUCAAGACAUCGCAAGCUGAUCGGAGCGAGAUACAUCGAACUGUUUAGGUCAACCACUGCUGAAGUGCAACAGGUUUUGAACCGGUCCCUAGAGACGCGCACCAGUACAGCCAGUACACCGUCAACAGCAAGCGCACCUGCUGAGGGAAUACUUCCGGUAGCACUGGUACCGCAACACGUCAUCACUUCCGGCACGGCUAAGGACUGUGUGAGACUGCGCGGAUUACCUUAUGAAGCCCAGGUGGAGCACAUUUUGACAUUCUUGGACGAGUUCGCAAAGAACAUUGUUGUACAAGGCGUCCACAUGGUAUACAAUGCUCAGGGCCAUCCUAGCGGUGAAGCGUUCAUUCAAAUGGACAGUGAAACCAGCGCCUACCUCUGUGCGCAACAGAAGCAUCACCGCUACAUGACCUUCGGCAAGAAGCAGCGGUAUAUUGAGGUGUUCCAGUGCUCGGGCGAUGAUAUGAACCUGGUGCUGACCGGUGGCGUGACGCCCGCCACGUCCCCGAAGGUGCUGUCCCCUGGUCCAGUUACAUACUACUACCCAGCAAUGGGACCAACGCUGCCGCCUUUGGUCUACUGGGGAUACCCAACUCCACCUGUCUCACCAGCACAUUAUUAUCAUCCACCUCAUCAUCCUCAAACUAUGAUACCAGAGGUGGUGUCAGUGGGAGGAGGUUCUCCUAUACCUAUACCGCCACCCGCUGCUUGCCAUGAGUGGCCAAUUUAUAUGGUGAAUUGA